CAGCUGGGACAGCUCAGUACAAGCUAAGGAGGGUCGAACAUUAGAGUUGGGUGCGAGUGCGGGUCGCGGACCGGUGGACGCGCGGACCUACGGCAGGAUGUUCAGCUGGAUGGGGCGGCAGGCAGGCGGGCGUGAGCGCGCGGGCGGCGCGGACGCCGUGCAAACGGUGACGGGCGGCCUUCGUUCCCUCUACCUGCGCAAGGUGCUACCACUGGAGGAAGCAUACCGCUUCCACGAGUUCCACUCGCCGGCGCUGGAGGACGCAGACUUCGACAACAAGCCCAUGAUCCUUCUGGUGGGCCAGUACAGCACGGGCAAGACCACUUUUAUCAGGUACUUGCUGGAGCAAGACUUCCCCGGCAUGAGGAUCGGCCCGGAGCCCACCACCGACUCCUUCAUCGCCGUGAUGUACGGGGAGACCGAGGGCAGCACCCCAGGGAAUGCUCUGGUCGUGGACCCCAAAAAGCCAUUUCGAAAACUUAGUCGCUUUGGAAAUGCUUUCCUGAAUCGAUUCAUGUGCUCCCAGCUGCCCAAUCAGGUCCUGAAGAGCAUCAGCAUCAUCGACAGCCCCGGCAUCCUGUCCGGGGAGAAGCAGCGCAUCAGCCGAGGGUACGACUUCUGCCAGGUCCUGCAGUGGUUCGCUGAGCGGGUCGACAGGAUCAUCCUGCUCUUUGAUGCUCACAAACUGGACAUCUCGGACGAGUUCUCGGAGGCCAUCAAGGCCUUCCGGGGCCAGGACGACAAGAUCCGCGUGGUGCUGAACAAGGCCGACCAAGUGGACACGCAGCAGCUGAUGCGCGUCUACGGGGCCCUCAUGUGGUCCCUGGGCAAGGUCAUCAACACGCCCGAGGUGCUGCGCGUCUACAUCGGCUCCUUCUGGGCGCAGCCCCUGCAGAACACGGACAACCGCAGGCUCUUCGAGGCGGAGGCCCAGGACCUCUUCAGAGACAUCCAGAGCCUGCCCCAGAAGGCAGCGGUGCGCAAGCUCAACGACCUCAUCAAGCGAGCGCGGCUGGCCAAGGUUCACGCCUACAUCAUCAGCCACCUGAAGAAGGAGAUGCCGAGCGUUUUUGGAAAGGAGAACAAGAAAAGAGAGCUGAUCAGCCGGUUGCCAGAAAUCUACAUUCAGCUGCAGCGAGAGUACCAGAUUUCUGCAGGGGACUUCCCGGAGGUCAAGGCCAUGCAGGAGCAGCUCGAGAACUAUGACUUCACCAAAUUCCACUCGCUGAAGCCCAAGCUGAUCGAGGCCGUGGACAACAUGCUGACCAACAAGAUCUCGUCCCUGAUGAGCCUCAUCAGCCAGGAGGAGCUGAACACGCCCACACAGUUCGUGCAGGGCGGCGCCUUCGACGGCACCGCCGAGGGCCCCUUCAACCAGGGCUACGGGGAGGGCGCCAAGGAGGGCGCCGACGAGGAGGAGUGGGUCGUGGCCAAAGACAAGCCUGUCUACGACGAGCUCUUCUACACACUGUCACCCAUCAAUGGCAAGAUAUCGGGCGUCAACGCCAAGAAGGAGAUGGUGACCUCCAAGCUGCCCAACAGCGUCCUGGGCAAGAUCUGGAAGCUGGCCGACUGCGACUGCGACGGCAUGCUGGACGAGGAGGAGUUCGCGCUGGCCAAGCACCUCAUCAAGAUCAAGCUGGACGGCUACGAGCUGCCCAGCAGCCUGCCCCCCCACCUCGUGCCCCCCUCUCACAGGAAGUCCCUUCAGCAGGCCGACUGAGAGGCCAGCUGUCCACGGGGAAAGGCAGUGUGGGGUGUGAGUCCUGGGGCCUGGGCCCGAGGCUCUUGCUGUCACUGACUUACUGAGUGACCCUGGGCAAGGCACUGCCCUCUCUGUGCCUCAGUUUUCCCAUCUGUAAAAUGGACAUUAGAUGAGGUCCUUUUGCCUCUAAAAUUCCCUGAGUUUUUAUUAAAAUACUGGGGGAGGGCAGGUAAGGAGAUUGUAGGGUGAAGUGAGAGAAAUCGACCAAAGAUUACUCAGACGCCUGGAGAGUCCCAAGUGCAGAGGCGGGCGGGCUGGAGUCCCAGGAGCUCGGGUGGGCCUGGGGCUGCCGCUGCGGCAGGAGGCCGCUGGGCUCUGCGGCCCGCGCACCGGCAGGAACCUGUGCGUCCCUCAGGGCAACCUGGGGGAGCAGAGAUGGUGUCAUUUAUUGGGAUUCCUGCUAUAUUUAGAGUGAACAAAAUACAGUAGAGAGGGUUUCUGUUCUCUCCAACCUGUCUACCAAAGAGAAGGCGGUUGCUGCCCCAGGUGUGAGAGAGCUGCCCCGUGUCUGCACAGCCCCGGGCCUCCUGUAGCCGGGGCAGAGCCUGGCCAGGCCACAGAGAGCCCGUCCCUCCCAGCCCCGCCCCACCGCCGCCCCGGGGUCUUCCCAGCAAAGCAGUAUUUGGUUAGGAAUUGGGAAUUAGAUGAGCCCUGGCGAGAUUUCUGGUGUUCAUUUCGAGCCAUGUUGAGUCUGAAGGUUAGCUUUCCUCACCAGUGUGUCCAGUAAUUUGUGUGAAGUCUGUUGGUUGUACGGAGACUAUGGUGAGGGAAGGAGGUGGUUCUCCCCAGCGGUCACUUAGACCUGUCACAUGUCCCCGAGGGGCCUCAGCCAAUGUCAGGAUUUAAACCCCACGAAGGCCUGUCCGGUGGGCGCAGUGCCCUGGUCCUGCGGACACAGAGGGGUUAGGAUCCCGCCUGCUCUGCGCUAUCACGCAGAAGUCAGUCCACCAGCGUUAGACACUUUUUAUUUUUUUUAAAGGCAUUUUUAUGAUGUCCAUUUUUUUCCUUAUAGUAUAAAAAGCCUUUAUAAAGAAAUAGGAUGGAAUCUUUCAUAUAAAACUUUUCCUUCAAAAAGCUGUGUGGUCCGUAUCAUGAAUGCCCCUCGACACUGGCUCCCGAGGGCGCUCCCCCGAGUCCCCCACGUCAGCCUCUGGGGACCGUUCGCUCUGAUGCCUGCGCUGACCCAGGUGGUUCGUGCUCCCCCACCCCACCCCCGCCAUGGGGGCCCCAGCGCAGAGGGCGGCGCCUUGCACCCCUAACAGUGCAGUGAUGACCGAAGGCCUGAGCCUUCCAAAACCACAUUUUUUUCCUUCUGUUACCCGUGACAUCAGGGUCUGAACUGCAGGCUGCAGAGAAAUUCUUUACCUUAGAGAAGCAUGCACCCAGAUGCCAGCCCUCAAACUCCCUAGCUUGCUUUCUAAAUAAUUUUGUUUUAAGGGAAAUAAAGGCACAGUAUGGUUUUUAUCCUUACUGAGCAAUUUUAAAUUAACGAGACAUGGAGAAAGGAGACGUUUACAAUUCAGUGCUGUAACACCAGCGGGUGGUUCCGUGAACACAGGAAGCUGGGACGCGUGAAGCUCGGUGGUGUCCACCAGAGGGCGAAACUGAGGCGGAAGGAGAGCGGAUGGGUGCCCGUGGGUUUAGAGAUGCUCGCUUAGCUGAUUUUCCAUUCAGAAUUGUCUUGCUGCUUUAACUCUAUUGAACUGUCAUAUAUAAAGAUAAAUGUAUGCACACAUGUCA